UGGAUAGAUUAAAUAGAUUAAUGAAAUGUUAGUGAAUGUUAGUGAAGCAGAAUCCCGUCAAUCCCGUGUUUUUGCCAACAGCGCCUUCCUCUGGCGGUUAUGCUUAACUACAGGAACAACCGCCAGAGAGGAAGCUACGGUUAGUUCUAUUGCUACUAGCCGGCUAACUUGCUAAAAAGUAAACAAGUCUGUUAAAUGAGGUGAGAACUGAUCGCGGUUGAGAGGUCGCAUUUCAGACAUGAAGGAGGAUAAAGAAAACACCCGACCAAAUGAGAAAAGGGUGGAAAUAAAGACCGAAGAUGGAGACAAAACAGAAAAACCCAAGGAAAAGAAGGAGGCCAUGACAAAGAUCGUGAUCAGACGAUUACCACCUAAUCUGACCAAGGAGGAGUUAGAGGAGCAGCUUCAGCCUCUCCCAGAGGUGGAUUACUUGGAGUUUUUCUCUAACGACACCAGCCUCUACCCUCACCUCUUUGCAAGGGCUUACAUCAACUUCAAAAAUCAAGACGAUAUAGUGCUCUUCAGAGAUCGCUUUGAUGGAUAUGUAUUUAUAGAUAACAGAGGUCAGGAGUAUCCAGCUGUUGUGGAGUUUGCACCCUUUCAGAAAACUGCCAAGAAGAAAAUAAAAAAGAAAGAUUUAAAGUGUGGAACCAUCAUAGAAGAUCCGGAUUAUAAAAAAUUCCUUGAAUUUUAUAACGGAGAUGAAGAGAAGUUCACAUCCACGCCUGAAACCCUUUUAGAAGAGAUCGAGGCGAGGAGUAAGGAGCUUGUAGGUAAAAAAACGACUCCACUGCUGGACUUCUUGAAGAAUAAACAGAGACUGAAGGAGGAAAAGAGAGAGGAGAGGAGAAGGAGGGAGCUUGAGCGUAAGCGUCUGAGAGAUGAGGAGCGUCGUAAGUGGAGGGAGGAUGAGAGGAAGAAACGCAAAGAGACGGAGAAGCUGAAGAGAAUGGAUAAGCCGCUGGAGAAAGACAAGGACCAAUUUAAAGAAGAACCAAAAAUUAAGCUCCUCAAAAAGCCAGACAGAAGCGACGAUGGAGAUUCUGAAAAGCCCUACAGCAGACCCAAGAAACCCGAGAGGCCAAAUAAAGAGGACAGAUCCGUAGGAAACGCUGAGCAGAGGAGGCGUCCGAACCUGGAGAGCAAGGAGGACCGCGGGAGGAAAGGCGACGGGGAGGGACGGAAAGAGUUCAGGGAGCGCGACGCCGACCGCGAGCGGGAGAAGGAGCGGCGGCAGAGAGAGAAGGAGCGCCUCCGGCGGCAGGACGAGGAGAGGCGGAGGAGGAGGGAGCAGCACGACGGGGAGAACUUCAGCAGAAAGCGAGAGGAGGAGUUCAGAAGAGAAAAGGCCCUGGAGAGGAAGAAGAACGAGGGUUUGGCUGACUCCCCCCAUUCAGAGAGGCCAGAGAAGCCGGCGAAGGAGAGCCGGAAGGAGGAGAGCAGGAAGGAGGAGAGCAGCAAAAGGGAGCGGCUACGGAACAAGGACCGGCCGGCCAUCCAGCUCUACCAGCCAGGGGCCCGGAGCCGCAACAGGGCCACCGGGGGAGGAGCCGAGUCCAGCUCCGCCGACAGAAAGCAAGACGCCGAGGGCAAAAAAGCGGCCGAGAUGGGAGAUGACUGAGAUGAUCUCUCCCUGUCUAAUGUUAAGUCUGGAGGGGGGUGCAGGAGACCUGUGGGGCUCAGAGCAGCAACGCGACGUCUGAGAGCUGCGUAGAAAAGGGCCCGCACCCGGCUCCCCCAGUCCCAGGGGAAUAGGAGGCAUAGUGAUCCUCCCAGAGCCGGAAUGUGACCCUUUUUUUUGUUUAUUUUAUGUCAGGAGAGGUAAAAGGUAACUUUUGGAGAGAAUUUGGCUUUAGGGCACGUUAGACAAAGCCAAAGCUUUCUGGGACCAGUGAUCGCAAAGUGACCUUAUAUCAGUGACGUUUACACGGCAACGCGCUAGCUUUCAGCUCAUUUAGCUAAAUCGCUGCGGCUCUGAAACAACCUCUUUUACUUUCUUCUCACUUCUUAUGCCAACAUGGCCCAGUUCUACAGUUGAUGUUGCUUUCAGAUCCCAGAGCGUUUCUGUUUUAUUUUCAUUAGUUUGCACACAUCCUGCUGUGCAUGGGGAGACGGAUUAGCUUUAAGUCUCUCCAUCAGCCUGAGCAGCUGAGGGUCACAAACCCAAUCUGCCCUCCCCCUGUCUGGGAUCAUGUUUUACAUCCGUUCAGGUACUUCACACAGGAGAAACAGCCAUUUUGACUGCAGCACUGAGUCACCGGUGUUCCGUCAGGUAGACUUGGGACACUGAAGUCAGAUAAUCAGAGUGAUCCACCCGUGGCCUUCUCCAUUUUCUUGUCUCAGACUCUCCUGAAACAUUUCCCUGUGAUGACCAGCUUCUGUACAGACGGCUGCUGACAGAACUUGUACUUGCUUUUCACAAGAAAUAAAAGAUCCUCACUCA